AUGCCUUUAGAUUAUGCUUCCUACACAAAUACGACGGUGCAUAGCAACAUCAUCGAUCCGCCAGUGUCACAGACGGAUGCGAAGCGACAAUACGAGAAAGAAAUCAUCCUCAGCAAUACAACCCACGGUGCUCCCAGCAGACUAUUUGGAACAAAGACUCGGAUAUUGAGGGCCUCAGAUGUCCUGUUAUCAUUGGCUGGCGGAUCCACAAGUGACGCUGUGGAUGACUCAGAACCGGGAGUAGAGAGCUUUCAAGAAGUUUUGAGUUUAUUUCCGCCGUUUCGAGACGGCGAUGGCGCCACAUUCGGUGCUGUGGACAUCAAAUGUCCUGAUUGUGAUGCGACGUUCUCCUCUGACAAUGAACUCAAGCAACACUACUUGACGAAAUACUGCCCAGGAACCGCAGUUGCCGUAUAUGUCAUGACACGAGAUCGGUUGAUCACUAAAGGCUAUCGCAUGGAAAAACGUCUAAUACCCCUCAAAUGCCGCCCCAUUCGGUUCUUCUGCGAUUAUUGUGACCAGAUCUUCACCUUUGGUGAAGAGGAUGAGAAACCAGAACGACAACCAAAUGCUCCCAUAUACGUGAAUUGCAAGCAUUGCGGAGAGAAGUGCAAUGUAUCAUAUCAACCUAUAUUGAACGACCCCCGAGACGACAUCAGCCCCCGCGACGUUCAGAGAGAGCGAGGAAACGUACACAGCCGGAGUCCCAGCCUCGCUCAAAGGCCAUCGAUGGGCUCAAAAUUUCCGGUCUCGCCAGGCACGAAUCUGGAUCAGCAGUCAUUCACUAGAAAAGCGAAGAAGUUGCGAGAUUCCUGGUCAUUUCGAAAGAUAUCACCGAGUGAUGAAGAUGAGUUGAUUGCGAUCAGCUUCGCCGGCCUUUAUGAUUUGGAACGAGUCCACGCACCGAAUGGCAUAUAUCACCCAAUGGAAAGCUCUAAUGAUUCCCAAUUAGAUCAGUCGGCAAUGAGCUUUGCCUCGAAUGGACUGAAUGACGCUUCGUUGACUGAGGCCAAGAGAAACCUAUGUGAGGAUGAAGAACAGCAUACUGCCAUUGAAGAUGAGAUGAUGAAUGACACGGAUGACCACAAAACGAAGCCUGCAUCGUCUCGAAGAGAGUCCUUCUUACAAAGAUUGUUUGGGCGGAAAGUGCCAAAGGGGGUAUCACGAGCACGCUCUGCCAGCAACCGGGGCAAGAAACUCAUCCGGAAAGCGAACACGAUACGCUUCUCAUUUGUUACGAAAUACACUCGAAGUGAAAGCCGAGCAACAGGACGCACAAGCAAAAGAGACUCUAUAGAUGCACACACGCAAGAGUCAUCGGAGCCGAAACACGAGUCUGGCACAGACGCUGAGUAUAUCGCCCUGUUACAGAACUCCCAAAAUGUUUUCAUUCAUACUCAAUACAUCAACGGUGGAGCUGUCGUUCAUGAUGCUUCUGGUCGCCAGCGAAUCAUCAAGAUAGACGAGGUUGCGCAGGUCUUCUUACACAUGAAAGAAGAGCUAUCGUCUGCGAAUGCUUGGUCCCGUAUGCUAAACACCAGGAUGCGUGCUGAGACAGCGCUGAAGCAAGGGAAUGGACGAGCAGCGGUGGUUGAAUAUCAUGAUGCUUUAAAACUUCUUGAAGACACACCAUCCUUGGAUACUGACAAACAAUCACGAGCAACAAUGCUACAUGCUUUGGGGCAGGCGUAUCACGGUCUUGAUAUGACUCCAGAAUCAGAAUCAUGUUAUUUUGAGGCCCUUGGACUUUACAAACGCACAUAUGGUCGCGACCACCCCAGAAAUUUCGCGCUCCUCCAUGGUCUGGGCGCGCUCUGCGAGAAGGAUGGAUAUGCUACAGAGGCGUCGGCUCUCUAUGAGCGCUCGUUUGCAGGCCGACUAAAGACGCUCGGACACAACGCUCCGGACACAUUAAGCAGCAUGCAAGAUCUUGCUUCUUUGAAGGUUCUUCUCGGUGAUCUCGAAUCCGCCUUGCUUCUGCUUGAAAAGGCGGUUCCUGCGCUUGAAACUGUCUUUGGACUUCAGAACGCAACGACUUUGAACGCCAUGAACCAGCUGUCUCUCCUUUACCAGAAGCUCGGGCUGAACAAGGAGUCGCGGACGAUUUGUGAGCGCACCAUUCCCCACUGCAGAUCGUUCUUUGGUAUCGUCAGCCCCAUCACGAGGGAGGCGGUGGUUCGAUUUCUCCAAAGCUCCGACAACUUCGACUUUCCGGCGGAGAUCAAGGAUAUUCUCGACCAUUAUCAACGUUCGCGGGAUCCGGAUGCACUGAGGGUUGUUCACCGCUUGGGAGGAUCAUAUAUGGAUGCCGGCCUCAACCGGGAUGCGGCUGACCUAUUUGAAGCUUUGGUCGAAGACUUCCUUGCUGCUAAAGGACCUGAGGCUCCGGAGACAUUCAAUGCUCUCAGCGCGCUUUGUGUUUCGUGGGAGCACCUCGACUCUGUCGACAAGGCCAUCCUUGCGUACAAGCAACUCGUGCACAUGGCUAGCAGAACAUCGGAGGAUCACCACUCCCGGAAGCGCAUAAGAUACGCCGAGAAGAGAAUAUCAGAACUCAAUCGUCGACGGGAGACACUCGCGGCCGAGAGAAAAGAGUGGUGCCUACAUGAACCAGCAGCUUGUGAAAACUGUGGGAUUUCCACCACCGUACUCUGCAACACGUGCAAGAUAUUUCGCUUCUGCAGCGACCCGUGCCACAAAUCCGGCAUAAACACCCACCUUGCACUAUGCAUUCCUUCUGUCUCGCUCAGAGAAUCUAAAUCUCUGGCAGUGAAGCCUAAAUGCCCUGUCUCGACCCGCGACCAAGCUCUCUCGAAGAUUCGCAACCUCGAUAGCACAAAGCCCGUCAACAUCAUAACGAGCUACACUUUCUACCUCGACCCUCGCAACUUUACCACCUUUCGCAUGAAGCUCAACUCUAGAUCCAACACCAUCAUCCUCUUCUCCCUCGAUUCCGACAUCCGCUACACCAUUCUAGAUGCCCUCCCGCCCUCUCAACAUAGUCCCAACCCCGGCAACACCGCCCCGCUGUCCAGCAAAUCCACCGGCGUCAACUGGAUCUCCCCGGAGCGCCAAGAUUCCAUCAUCUACGUCCCUCCCUCGGAAUCGAAUAUAAACAACCACAAAGAGGCGCGCUACGUCUUCAUAACACCGGGCAAGGAAAUGCUCCGCUCCGUCAUCGACAAACGGGUCCGCGUGCGCGGCGGCUCCGGCGAAAAGGAGCGAUUUCAAGCCCUGGACCUCCCCAAUCACGAACUCAUCGAGUAUGCCCAGGGGCUUUUGCUGACCGGCUACUUGGGUGAAGCGUUUAUGUAUGUUAUCGAGUGGGUUUGA